CAACGGUUGAUCACUCAGUACUCAGUGCUCACCGCUACGAUCAUGAAGGAUCGCGUACAGAAUGCAAAUUUUCCCAAAACAGAGGACGGUCGAGUGUACCACUUGGGUAUACGAGCAGGAGAGGUAGCCAACAGAAUUAUUACUGUUGGGUCCAUGUCACGGGCAGAGUCUAUCGGAAAGAUGCUAGACGCCUCCCCAAAGUUAUUUUCGCUGUACUCGGAGCGCGGUUUCCUUACCAUCACAGGUUGCUACAAGAGUGUACCAGUAUCCAUAGUAUGCAUAGGUAUGGGCGCACCCAAUGUAGAUUUUUUUAUCCGCGAAAUCAGAGAAUGCCUGUCUGGGGACAUGCUUGUAAUAAGGUUGGGGUCAUGCGGUUGCUUGACUGACCUUCCCGUAGGAUCGCUCGUCCUGCCAGCAUCGAGCGUCGCUUGCACCCGAAAUGUGGACUUCGAUUUUGUUUCCGGCGAUCCUUGGGAGGUUCCAUACAGGUUGAGCAAACCCGUCUCAGCAGAUCCAGACCUUCAUAGCGCCUUGCGUGAUGCCCUCGAAAUAACACGGCCGCCUUCACUCAAAAAUCUUGUAGUUUCGAAUGCUGUCAAUGCAUCGACAGACAGUUUCUAUUCAUCUCAGGGGAGACAGACAUCCUUUCAAGAUCAUAAUGCUUCUUUGAUCGAUCACCUCAAAGCCGCUGUAUCUGGUAUAACAACGCUAGAGAUGGAAACGUUCUGGAUAUUUCAUCUUGCGGCCAGCUGGCGUGGAGUUAAACAGUCCAGUUCGGCCGUUAAUCCGCCACCAGCUACGGUUCCGGUCGUACCAGCAUUCUCGGGAAUACCCAGCAGGACAUCAGAGAAUGUAGAAGUACUCCUUCCCAGUCUCGUUGGAAAUACUUCUUCCAGACCGGUGAUUAGGGCUGCAGCCGCCCAAAUGGUAUUCGCCUCACGAAGCUCUCAAGCCUUUAUCAGUCCAGACCAGGUGAACGAGCUCGAAAAAUGGAGUGGCAGAGGCGUGCUCGAAGCCCUUACUAAAUUCGGUGUAGCCCCUGAAAGACUGCACCCUAUUUCUGGAAGUGUGUGGGGACCAAUAGAAUCAUCCAACCCAUUGAAGGCGUUGUUGUAACAAUCCUGCAUCACAGGGAUGUGCACCGCUUGCACGCCAUAAAAUCAUGUCGGACAAAGAGAUCCUUAAACCCCACAGCUUGCGCUCUUGCAAGGUUUAGUAAUGAUGGCAUACCCUUUUUUUGCUAGUACCUACUCUAUGACGAAACAUGAUGAACACGGAAGGAACAU